AUGGUGUAUGCAGCUCGAAACCCUCAAGCACUUGCGACACUGAAUCCUCUCAACGAUUCUUUCACCGAUGAUCAAGAAAUUCUCAAUACUUAUGAGAGGUUAAAAACUCUGGAUAGGUUUGCAUUACAAGCUGCAGCAGGCUCUCACAGCAAGGAGGAGGUUAGAGCACUAAGAAAGUAUGUUAAAGAUGUGAAUCGAGCUUGGGAGACCUUUGAGAAGACACUCUGGGGGAACAUUUCCAAUUUCUAUAAACUUUCUAAAGAAAGUCCACAAACACUGGUUCAUGCUUUCCGGGUUGUUGAAAUGCAAGAAACCCUCGAUCAACAGGUUGCAGAGGAAGCAGCCAAGCCUGAUGAAGAGAACGGCGCACCUGCACCAGUUACAAAUCCUCAACGAAGUACCAUAAAAUUUAAAAGUGCAACGGCGUCUUCAAAAAAUUUAACACUGCAAAAACAGAAGGUUCAGGGGAAAGGAUAUGAGGAUAAGUGCCAUGAGCUAGUUAUAAAGACUGUUAAAGGGCGAUUUAAUAAACUUCUUAAUGAGCUUGUGUUUGAGGACCUGAAGGCAGCUUUAGAGGAAGCUCGAGCGAUUGUAGAGGAACUCAGGGAUUUUUUUGACUAUGUAGUAGCCCCCUACUUUCCUCCAAGAUAUACGAUGUUCCAACUAAUGGUAAAUCUUUACACUGAGAGGUUUAUUCAGAUGCUAAGAUUGCUGAGCAACAGGGAAAAUGGCUUGUCAAAUAUUGAAAUAUUAAAGGUAAUAGGCUGGGUGAUUGAAUAUCAGGAUAAUCUGAUUUGCCUUGGAGUUGAUGAGUCUUUGGCCCACGUGUGCUCUGAGAGUGGUGCAAUGGAUCCUCUUGUGAAUACAUAUGUUGAGCGAGUGCUAGCUACAACAAGGAAAUGGUACUUGAAUAUUUUGGAGGCAGAUAAAACACAGCUCCCAAAAGAAACUAAAGACGGGAAGCUAUAUACCCCAGCUGCUGUUGAUCUAUUCAGGAUACUUGAAGACCAAAUUCAAAUUGUUCGAGAUCAUAGCACUGAUGUUAUGUUUUACAGAAUUUCCUUAGCUAGUAUUCAGGUGAUGAUUGAUUUUCAAGCAGCCGAAAAGAAGAGACUUAAAGAACCAGCUUCUGAAAUUGGUGUGAGACCUUUAUGUGCUAUGAUUAACAACAAUUUGCGCUGCCAUGAUUUUGCAUUGGAGCUAAGUCAUAGGAUCUUAGAAGCCCUUCCACAGAACUAUGCAGAGCAGAUUAAUUUUGAAGAUACCUGUAUGGGGUUUCUUGAGGUUGCUAAGGAAGCUGUUGAUCAAAUUAUAAGUGUGAUAUUUGCAGAUCCGGUAGUUCAGCAUCUGCUGGUCAAGUUAUACCAGAAAGAAUGGAGUGAGGGGAAGGUUACUGAGGAGGUGGUUGCAACAUUUGAUGGAUAUUUUACUGAAGUAAGAAUGUACAUUGAAGAAAGAUAUUUUGAGAGUUUCGUGGAAGCUUGCUUGGAGGAAAUGGUGGUUGUUUAUGUUGAUAAACUUUUAACACAGAAAAACUAUAUUAAGGAAGAAACUAUUGAACGGAUGAGGCUAGAUGAGGAGCUUAUUGUGAACUUUUUUUGGAAACAUAUUAGUGUUUCUAAAGUUGAAAACCGAAUGAGUGUACUUAGUAACUUGAGGGAACUUGCGUCAGCUUGGAGCCUGGAUACCUUCACACUAUUCUAUAAAAAUAUACUCGAACACCAUCCUGACUGCCCGCCUGAGGUUGUCAAGAAACUUAUUGGUGGACGUGAAGGAAUUCCUUGGAAAGAUGCCACUGAGGUCAUAGAAGUUUGCCAAGAGAUAUAUGAAAGAUCUCUAAUUGAUGUAAGACCUCCAAAGGCAGGUUUAAUUUUUUCAAAGGUGAAGUGCUUAAAAGUGGAUCAAGGGGGACUUGUGCACAAACUCGUUGGAGAUGGUUACACAGAUAGCCAUAUCGAAGGGCUAACUCGUAUGUACAAGUUCGUAAUGAAUAGAUUCAAGUAA